AUGCCGGCACAUUUGUUCAACUUUGAUAAGGAGGAUUGCGUGAAAGAAACGUUUGAAAAGUGCGUUGAACUGGCUUCGGGUAUCCGCCCGCCUGACAGUGUGACAGCUGCAUAUCUACUCGCAACACUCGUCAAAAUCCCAGAAGCUGGACAACAUAUUUUAACAAUCACCAACAAACCGGCUAUCAGUGUACUGGGCAGUGAAUACUGUACUAUCAGUUCAAUAAUGGAUAAACUCAGUGAUGAACUGAUUGUGGCCAAGAAGGAUAUUGUGAAAGCAGCGCUCUCUGGUCCUCUCUAUGGACAUCUCUUUCUUAUUCGUCACAUUCUUGAACAACUUGACUUGAGUUGUCUGAGUGAAAGUGAGGAAUGGAGAGCUGUGAUUGGUCGGCUGCUGACCUUGUGCUAUGAAUGCAGCGCUGCCGUUGCUAGUGUUGUCAACAGUGAAUCACCCGAGGGACUCAUACCUACUGAAGACGAUUACGUUGAACUACUGUCUACGUUGUCGUUGGGUGCCGCAGAGGACCCCAUAAAGGAGACGGCUCAAGUAGUUCUGCUGUGUUCGUGGAGGACUGUCAAAGAGACGUCACUACUACUCGGCCAUCUUGCCAAGCAUGCCACCAUUACACAGGGAGAGACUACAGGACUUUUGAGUGAGAAAGACCUCCAACAAUGGGAGAACAUCUUACCUUAUUGA